GGCGUCGCGCGAAGAGGCGGGGCACGGCGUCGGGCGCAGAGCACGGCGCAGGGCGGGUGGUGUCGACGCCCGGCGGGAUGACGGUGACGGGCCUCGCGGUGGAACAGCUGUCUGACCCGUUCAAAGGGAAGGAUGAAAUCUCUGCGCAGGCACGCGAUGUGAAUGGAAGAGGCCUGUCACGAUGCAAACAGUACGGCACUCUGAACACACACUAAGGACAGCUCUCAUCUCAAAGAACCCAGCGCUUGUGUCACAGUAUGAGAAGUUAGAUGCUGGGGAAAAGCGUCUGAUGGACGAAGCCUUCCGGCCAGACAGUGAUCUCUUUGGACCCAUUACUUUGCAUUCGCAGUCAGACUGGAUAACCUCCCAUCCUGAGGCUCCCCAAGACUUUGAAGAGUUUUUCAACGAUCCUUACAGAAAGACGCCUUCUCCAGAGAAGCACAGUAUUUAUAUACAGUGCAUUGGAUUGCUAGGAAACACCAGAAGUAUCAGUGAAGAAUAUGUGAAAUGGCUCAAGGGUUACUGUGAAGCAUUUUUCUAUGGCUUGACGGUAAAACUCCUAGAACCGGUUCCUGUCUCUGCAACGAGGUGUUCCUUUAGAAUCAAUGAUAACACGCAGAACCUACAGAUUCAUGCAGGGCAGAUCCUGAAGUUCUUGAAAAAGAAGAAACCUGAAGAUGCUUUUUGUGUUGUGGGAAUAACAAUGAUCGAUCUUUACCCAAGAGACUCCUGGAAUUUUGUCUUUGGACAGGCCUCUUUGACAGAUGGUGUGGGGAUAUUCAGCUUUGCCAGGUACGGCAGUGAUUUUUACAGCUCACACUACGAAGGCAAACUGAAGAAGCUGCAGAAGAAAUCUUCAAGUGACUACUCAGUUUUUGAUAAUUAUUACGUUCCUGAAGUGACUAGUGUUUUUCUGCUUCGGUCCUGUAAGACUUUAACCCAUGAGAUUGGACAUAUCUUUGGACUUCGGCACUGCCAGUGGCUCGCAUGUCUGAUGCAAGGCUCCAACCACUUGGAAGAAGCUGACCAGCGUCCCCUCGACCUUUGCCCUAUCUGUUUACGCAAGUUGCAGAGUGCUAUCGGCUUCCACCUUAAAGACAGAUACAAAGGGACACGGGUUCCAGCCCUGGCCCGGGAAGAUCCCACAUGCCGUGGAGCAACUAAGCCCGUGAGCCACAACUACUGAGCCUGCGCUCUAGAGCCUGCGCGCCUGCAGCCCGUGCUCCACAACAAGAGAAGCCACCGCAAUGAGAAGCCCGUGCACCACAAUGAAGAGUAGCCCCUGCUCACCGCAACUAGAGAAAGCCUGCACACAGCAAUGAAGACCCAACACAGCCAUAAAUAAAUAAAUAAAUAAAUUAAAAAAAUAAUAAUAAUAAAUUUACAUUUAAAAAACCCCACAAACUAUGAAUAUGUGGAAGUGAUUUAUCUUUCCACAUAUGGGACAAGGGUAUGAUAUUCAUUAGGAGGAAGGCGUGAUUUUAAGAAGGAGGGAAAGUAAUCUCGAUGUGCAAGUGAAUGUGUGUCCACAAACAUAGCGACUGCAGUCCAUGUCUACAUGUGUGUCUUCACAUAUGUAUAUGUGCCAUGCCUAUGUGUACACUUAACAGGUGUAUACAUAGCCCUGUCAAAUUACAACCACGGUAUAAUGCCUUGUGGAACACUUAGCAAGUUGAGAAAAGAAAAUAAUUAUCGUCCCACCUUCAAAAAACUGUGAGGACUAAGUGUAAUUCUUUCUAAUCUUCUCUCCUGUGCAUCCUCAUGACUGUCCUGUGUGCUCACAGCUGGCGUGUUUCUGGUGCGUGCCGUUUGACAAGCAUGGUCUCACCUUCAUGACCAUCUUUAUCAAAUGGAACAUCUCCGUGGGGUAGCAUAAGUCACCGAUGUAGAUAACUUGAUUCGGAAGCUAAUGUUUUUCUCUUGCCGAAGUCUGUUUUGCUGGGAUUUGU